UGAUACCCACAAUGCACCACUGGAAGACGUUAGCUCCUUAGCGUCUUUUCUAUACACUUGCGAAUAUUUUUGAUAUGUUGCAUUAGGAAUGUAGGAACGUAUUCAAAACAAAGGAAAACCAAGCAUUUGGUCCUUUAACACUUCUAGUCCAGUAAAGAAUUGACUUUGAAUAUCGCAUACAAUGGAGAAGGAGGAGCGCAACAGUGUUGUUUUUAACGCCUCCAAGAGAGAACUUUUCACUGCCAACAAUGGUUACAAGUCCCUGCAGAAGAGACUCAGAGCGCAAUGGAAGAUUCAGAGCAUAAAAGAAGAGCUCACCUUGGAGAAGUUGAAUGGUGUGAAGUUGUGGAUUACUGCAGGUCCCAGGGAAAAAUUCACUGCAGCUGAGUUGGAGGUCCUUAAGCAGUACCUGGAUGCAGGAGGAGAUGUCCUUGUGAUGCUGGGUGAGGGAGGGGAGAUGAAGUAUGACACCAAUAUAAACUUCCUUCUUGAGGAGUUUGGUAUAAUGGUCAACAGUGAUGCUGUCGUGAGGAAUGUUUACUACAAGUAUUUCCAUCCAAAAGAAGCACUUGUGUCCAAUGGUGUUUCUGAAACAGAGAUCAGUCGAGCUGCAGGCAAAGUGGUAACAGGGAUCAUCGAAGACGAAAAUGCUGGAAACAAUGCGCAGGCUCUCACGUUUGUAUACCCGUACGGAGCUACACUGAGCGUGAUGAAGCCUGCUGUAGCUGUGCUCUCCACGGGCUCCGUCUGCUUCCCCCUCAACCGGCCUGUCCUGGCCUUCUAUCAGGUCAAGGAGGCAGGCAAACUGGCAGUGAUGGGCUCCUGUCACAUGUUCAGCGACCAGUACCUGGACAAAGAGGAGAACAGUAAAAUAAUGGAUGUUGUCUUCCAGUGGCUUAUGGGUGAUAACAUUCAUCUGAACCAGAUAGAUGCAGAGGACCCAGAGAUAACGGAUUACACCAUGCUACCAGACACCGGCUGUCUGUCUGAGCGACUACGAGUGUGCUUGCAAGAGGGAGAGGAAAACCCCAGAGACUUUACCUCCCUGUUUGACAUGUCUCUACUCCAGCUGUCCACCAACACAUUGCCCCAAGUCAUUAGUUCCUACAAGCAGCUGAAUGUCAAACAUGAGCCUCUCCAGCUGAUCACACCUCAGUUCGAGACCCCCCUUCCCCAGCUGGAGCCUGCUGUGUUCCCGCCUGCCUUCAGGGACCUUCCUCCACCUAUGCUUGACCUCUUUGACCUGGAUGAAACCUUCUCUUCAGAGAAAGUGCGUCUGGCACAACUUUCCAACAAAUGCACAGACGAAGACCUGGAGUUUUAUGUGAGGAAGUGUGGGGACAUCUUGGGGGUGACAGGAAAGUUGGACAAAGACCAAAGGGAUGCCAAACACAUCCUGGAGCACAUCUUUUUCCAGGUUGUGGAGUUCAAGAAGCUCAAUCAGGAGCAGGACGUCGACACAGAGACCAGAUUUUCGCCAUUCUGAUUACUUACAACCAGAGUUUGAACAUUAUUUCUCAAUGCCUGUAUAUAUAUACACUUUUUAUCCAUCAUUUAUAUAGUAAUGACUCCAUAUCCUUGAAACUGAAUGUAUAGUUAUGUAAUAAAUCUAACAAAUGUCCAAAUCUGAUUAAUUUGAUUGUACACUGACAGAUUUACUCUGAAAUGAAGUGUGUAACUUAAUACUUAAAGCGUAGUUGGAUAAUCAAUACAAUACUUUAUUUACUAAAACACUUUAAAAAUAUUUGUAUUAACACUGAACGCCAUCUUCUUGCUUGCCCUUUUGUCUGUAAAGAAAAAAGAAAAAACAAACACCUGAGGACAUGUCAAAAUGCAAACCAUUAAACAACCACUG